AAAAUUGAUUACUUACACUCUUACAGUCUCACACAUUAAACCCUGUAUCUAUCUUUAUCUUCCCCUCUGCUUCUUCUUCUUAAACCCUCAAGAACUCCCCAGCCCACUUAUUUUUCUAAUGGUUUCAAGUUUUUCACCACUCUUUUCCAUAUAUAAGAGUGAAAAAUUGAAUCUUUGAUAAAAAUUUCAAUUUUGUGACCACUUUUUUCAUAUAUAAGAGUGAAAGAUUGAAUCUUUGAUAAAAUUUUCAAAUUUUUAAGCACUUUUUCAUUUUUAAGUAUGAAAGAUUGAAUCUUUGACAUAUUUACUUGUAAUUUGGUGAAAACAAAGGGUUCCAGAUAAGAAAAAUGGCUAUUGCUUUCAGUACAAUGCCACUUUAUCCAUACAAGCUUUGGCAUAGGAGGCCUAAUUGUAAAAAGAGCUUCAUUUCUUGCUCACCGCCCUCUACUACUACUAGUACUGCUAAUGCAGGUAGAAUUGGAUCAAAAGGACCUCAAAAAAGAUCUGGAAGAUUAGAAGGGGCAGGGAAGAGCAUGGAAGAUUCUGUAAAACGAAAGAUGGAACAUUUUUAUGAAGGAUCUGAUGGCCCGCCUCUACGUGUUCUGCCAAUUGGUGGCCUGGGAGAAAUAGGAAUGAAUUGCAUGCUUGUUGGAAAUUUUGAUCGGUAUAUUAUGAUUGAUGCUGGUAUCAUGUUUCCAGACGAUGAUGAGCUUGGUAUCCAAAAAAUCAUUCCUGAUACGACAUUUAUUAAGAAAUGGAGCCACAAAAUUGAAGCGGUUAUCAUAACGCAUGGUCACGAAGAUCACAUUGGUGCGUUGCCUUGGGUUAUACCAGCUCUGGAUCCACGCACACCAAUAUUUGCAUCAUCUUUCACAAUGGAGCUUAUCAAGAGGCGGUUGAAGGAGUUUGGGAUCUUUGUUCCAUCUAGGCUCAAGACAUUUAGGACAAAAAGGAAAUUUAAUGCCGGGCCAUUUGAAAUUGAACCCAUUAGAGUCACCCAUUCUAUACCUGAUUGUUCUGGACUGGUUCUCCGUUGUGCAGACGGGACAAUUCUUCACACAGGGGACUGGAAGAUUGAUGAAACACCACUGGAUGGCAAAGUUUUUGACCGUGAAGGCCUGGAGGAACUCUCUAAAGAAGGUGUCACAUUGAUGAUGAGUGACUCAACAAACAUACUGUCACCUGGGAGGACUUUUAGUGAAGCUGUUGUUGCAAAUUCACUGUUGAGACAUAUAUCUGCUGCGAAAGGAAGAGUUAUCACCACUCAGUUUGCAUCAAAUAUUCAUCGACUUGGUAGCAUUAAGGCAGCAGCUGACUUGACUGGCAGAAAGCUGGUGUUUGUGGGGAUGUCAUUAAGGACGUACCUUGAUGCCGCAUAUAAAGAUGGAAAGGCACCAAUUGACCCAUCAACUUUGGUAAAAAUAGAAGAUAUUGAUGCUUAUGCCCCAAAAGAUUUGCUGAUCGUGACAACAGGUUCCCAAGCAGAACCACGUGCAGCAUUGAAUCUUGCAUCGCAUGGAAGUAGUCAUUCACUCAAAUUGAGCAAAGAAGAUGUGAUUUUAUACUCUGCCAAGGUAAUCCCUGGCAAUGAGAAUCAAGUGAUGAAAAUGCUAAAUCGUGUAGCAGAGAUUGGAUCAACUAUAGUGAUGGGAAAGCACGAGCAGCUGCAUACAUCAGGUCAUGCUUAUCGGGAGGAGUUGGAGGAAGUGAUAAGAAUUGUAAAGCCACAACAUUUUUUACCAAUCCAUGGAGAACUCUUAUUCCUGAAAGAACAUGAACUGUUAGGAAGAGCCAAUGGCAUUCAACACACUACUGUUAUAAAGAAUGGGGAGAUGCUUGGGGUUUCACACCUAAGAAACAGAAGGGUUUUGUCGAAUGGUUUUGUAUCUCUAGGAAAAGAAAAUUUGCAGUUGAUGUACAGUGAUGGUGACAAAGCAUUUGGUACUUCUACUGAUCUCUGUGUUGAUGAAAGACAAAGAAUCGCCACAGAUGGUAUAAUAGUUGUCAGCAUGGAAAUCAUGCGCCCUCAAACCACUGACGGAUUUGAAAAGGCCUUGAAGGGUAAAAUAAGAAUAACCACGCGUUGCUUAUGGCUUGAUAAAGGCAAGUUGUUAGAUGCACUUCACAAGGCAGCACAUGCUGCACUGUCGAGUUGUCCUGUAAAUUGUCCUCUUGCCCACAUGGAAAGAAUUGUUUCCGAGGUUUUGAGGAAAAUGGUCAGGAAAUACAGUAGUAAAAGGCCCGACAUCAUUGCAAUUGCUAUUGAAAAUCCAGCGGCGGUGCUGGCUGACGAGAUCAAUGAAAAGUUAUCAGGGAGGUCACAUGUUGAUUCUGGAUUACGGGCAAUGAGAAAAGGGAUUAAUGAACUUGCCAAAAACAAAAAAUCAAAUAGGAGGCGUGAUGAAAAAGACAAUGACCACACAUAUCCAGUACACACCAGGCCAGAAGAAACUGAAGAGUAUGGUACUGAAAUUGAGAGACUUCUGCCAGAAGAAGAAACUUGUUCAAACUCUGGAUUAUCAGACACUAAUUCUGAGGAUUUUGAUGACAUCCAGAAAUCAUCUAUGGUUUUAACUGCAGUUGAUAGUCUGGAAGAUGGUAGCAAUGGUGCUCCCACAGUUGAGGAAUGCAGGGAGAUGGCUAAGAAGGCAAGUAGUGAAGGUGACUCCCCAAAAUCUUCGAAGUCUGCAAAGAGAAACAAAUGGAAACCCGAAGAAGUUAAGAAACUGAUCCAAUUUCGUGGGGAACUAAAUAGUAGAUUUCAAGUUAUAAAGGGGAGGAUGGCCCUUUGGGAGGAGAUAUCUGCAAGCCUAUUGGCUUGUGGAAUAUACCGAAGUCCAGGACAAUGUAAAUCUUUAUGGGCAUCUCUGACUCAGAAAUACGAGGAAAGCAAGAAAGACAUGGAAAGUGAGAAGAGCUGGUUAUAUUUCGAAGACAUGAAUAAUAUAUUAUUGAAGUUGGAGGCAACACCUACAAAAUAAUGUCAACCAACACAAGAUCUUAGGAGGAGCUGGUAAAAAAGAUACGUUGCCAGAUUGAAGGUAGUCCAGUUCAGUAUUUUCAUUAAUUCUGUGUUUAUGUUUUAUACUUCGAGGAAUGCAGAUGCUAGGAAUAGGGUUAAGGCCAAAUGAAAUGUAAAAUUAUUUCGUUAAGAAAAUGUACAUCUUUAGGUACUGUGAUUUUGGUUUGUGCCAUGUUCCAUGUAUAAUUUUAGCUUCAGACCCCGGAUGGAGCUCUGUAAUUUUAACAUGAAUUUAAACAUUUUGAAUAUUUUUCACUAGA